AUGUCCGCGUUUCAACCGUAUUCUUCGUCGCAAGAUAUCACAUUUGCUUUGGAGAAUUUCAGAAAGCUCUUUCCUGAAGGAGAAGUGUCUCCAGCAUCGAUCGUCUCGUCGAACAAUGCCAGUCCACCGGAACUUGUAGCUGAACUUCCGAUGAAUCAAACUUCACCACCACCCGAGAGACAUCGUCGUAAGAGGACGACGUUCUCGCCAGAUCAGGCAGCUCGAUUGGAACACGAAUACCUCAGCGACUGCUACAUGGGCCGCGAGAAACGUCUGAUUCUUGCCAUGGCACUUAAUCUCUCAGAGAAUCAGGUCAAGACUUGGUUCCAGAACCGUAGAGCCAAAGACAAGAGAGAUAGAAAAUCGGAGUCAUCUCCGUUGGCGAUUUCCAGAAGAACGUCGCCAUCACGAAGCAUCUCGUCGCCCACUUCACUCGUUCAGAAUCCGGCCAUGUCGCCAGCAGAAAUUGCGCCAACUUCACCAUUGAAACACCACCACCACCACCACCACCAACAACAACAACAACAACAACAGGUUCAGACGAACCCUAGCGAUGUCCCGGACUAUCAAACAUAUCUUAAGUCAUUGGGCGUCAACAUCCCGCCGCAAAACUCGUCGCUCCUGAAUUUGGUGUCUGCGAUCCAUGCGAUCAUCAGCUGCUCUUCGGCGACCGGCACCACCAACACCAUCAGCAGCAACCAAAACAACCCGAUCCUUCACGAUCUUCAGGGAUUGCUGCUCAACAACUUCCAGCAGCCGAUGCAUUCCGCCACUAUUUAA